AUGCCGCAACCCUCGAUGGCGCCGUAUCCCUCGCAUUCAGCCGCGGCCACUGCUUCGCCGUUCCAGUUGCUCUUUCCACCACCGCAGCCAGAAUGGCCCGGUUAUCACCACCAUCACCACCACCAUCACAUCCAUCAUCAGCUACAGCAACAUCACCAGCAGCAACAGCAACAACAGCAGCAACAGCAGCAGCAACAACAGCAACAGCAGCAGCAACAGCAGCUCUCACUGAUGUCCUCAAUCCCGCAAGCUGCUACCGCGGCGCAUCAUAGUCUCAUGGAGCUGAAACAGGAGCCAGAACGUCCGGAUGUCAUUCAACGCCUUUCCACAGCUGCACCCUCCUCCUGGCCCUACGCGUUUGCGCAGGAUGAUAUGGCGCUCAGUUCGUCGCAUUUGCCCGAUGAUGCAGAUCCGGCGAGUUCCGAAGAUUUGGAAGCGUUCGCGAAAACAUUCAAGCAGCGUCGCAUCAAGCUCGGCUACACACAGGCGGAUGUGGGCCUGGCUCUGGGCACUCUGUACGGCAACGUAUUCAGUCAAACGACCAUCUGCCGCUUCGAGGCGUUGCAACUGAGCUACAAGAACAUGUGCAAGCUGAAGCCGCUGCUGCACAAAUGGCUGGAGGAGGCCGAUUCUACUAGCUCGUCGCCGAAUAGCGCC